AUGCCAGCUAUUGUAGGAAUGGCAGUAUUCACUCAAUUCUGGUAUUGGUUCCCAUUGACUCAUUUCUUGAGCCUUGCAUUUACUCCAACUGCACUUAUUGGUUUAAAUAAAGAUUUAAAGAUUCCAAAAUUUGAAUUUAUAUCCAAUGCCAAGCCUUCACUAUUUGCAUAUCCAGCCACCAUUAAACCCCCAACAACCAAUGUUGUAGAAAAGGUUGCAACUGCAGUUCUUUCUACAACCGCAAAAGCCAGAGCAAGAGCUAAAAAAUCUGAAAAAGAAAAAGAACAUUCGGAUUUUGAUGCCAUGGAAACAGAUGAGAAAAAAGAUACCCUUGAAAAUGUUAAAAAAGAAGAAAAGGAUGAACAAAAAGAUGAGCAAAAAGAUGAGCAAAAAGACGAACAAAAAGAUGACAAAAAAGGCAAAAAGAAAAAGGAAGAAUCGUAUGAAAUUCUUGAAAAUAUGGCACGUGUUUUACCUGCUCAAUUGAAGUAUAUAUCAUUUAAAGAAGAUACUCGCUAUGUUCCUGUUAAAAAGGGAAUUGUUGGAGGUAUUAUAAUGAUGUUGGAUAAAACACAAGGCGAACCAGAAGAAUUCAUUCUAUCUAGCACACCUACUGCUACUGAGGUUACCGAGGAGGAAGAAGCACCACCACCAGAGCCUUUUGAAUAUCCAUUUGAUGAAUAA